AUGUCAGUCAAUACUGGAAAACAGCUGCAUUGGACGCAGCGUAUCGCGUUGGUCAGACACAACCUUCACGCCGCAAGUCGAAGUGGCGACUUCGGCUUCUUCAAAGCACUCCAAGCUGCGGGCAUGUUGGAGGGCACGAACCAUUUCGCAAGCCUUGCUGCUACUCUCGGAGAUGAAGCAGACACUGUCAUGGCAGCGAUGGACAACCUGAAUGGCGGCAUGGCAUUCAUCCACCAGGAUGCAUUCCGGAAUGUAUACAACAACAUCAAGGAUAGCAUGAGAGACGAAAGCACCAAGGCAGCAGACAAGUCCAAGCUCUAUGUCGACAUCACUAUGCAGAAGAACAUGGCUGCUAUGGCGAUCGAGAAGCUGUGCAAUUCUGCAAUCGCACUCAUUAACCAGCAGCCCGCAGCUCAAGCCCAAGAUCAAGCCGCCAAUGUUUUCGUUACUGGAGCCACUCUCAUUGCGGAUUGUAUUGAAGUGGUCAUCAAGCAGUUGGACACCAUUGACCAAAAGAUGGACGACUUCAUUCGCCUUGAAGAAAGCUGGAACAUUGUCAAAGCCUCCGUCGUUUCCGCGAACGCUGGAUUGAAGGGUGUCUACUACAUGCUUGAUGCACCAGAGCCGCAAGAAACCACACGAUCGCCAAGUAUAGCAAGCGCUGGAAGCUCCGUCUUCCGUCGACUUUCGACUGCUUUCCAAGGAUCACAUUCUCCAGCCCCGGGCACUCGAGCAUCGAGCAUCGCCAGUGCAGGUGCCGCACCAUCGUCUACCUAUCGCACACCGGCAUAUGUGCGGAACAGUAUCAGCGCCGGUUGUCCUACCAGUAUGCCAUCGAACACAAAUUCUGCAGCCUUCAACCUCAACUCCUUCAACAGCAACGGCUCCUCCUUCAACAGCAAUGCUUUUGAUAGGAAUAUCUUCAAAGCACACAAAUUAAGCACCAUUCCGCCGACACCACACUCAGAAGAACUUGAUCCCUUCGACACCGACGACAUGGAAGACGUCCCGCCUAUGCCCGAAAUACCCGUCGCACUCCAGCCCAAUUCAGGAAGCGUUGCCGUUUCGUGA